GGGGAGCACAGGGAGAAAAGGCGUUUCCACGUUCCAGCAGCCGGUCACACAGCGGAGAGCAGCGCAGAACACACACCGACUGGAGGACCGAACCGAACCGGCACCGAUCUGAGCUGUCACCCCCCUCGACGCUGACUGAGUGACAGCUGGUCGGAACUGAGUUUCCCCCACCGAAGCUCAGCCUGAGCUUCAUCACCGGACCACUUUGAAUCGCGGAAGCGAAGCAGCAGAAUCAAACCGAACCCGAACUGGACUUUAUUUGCCUUAAGAAUUGCGCAUCUUUCUGCCGAAAAAAGGAUCUGACGAAACGUUCCCGCAUCUCUGCCGCUGAUUCCUGAGACCAUGGCGGAGUACAGCUCUCUGCUCAGCGACCUCUCUGAAAACAUAACCAACGAGGACUUGGAGCAACUCAAGUCAGCAUGCAAGGAGGACAUCCCUGAGGAGCAAAGCAACAACAUCACCUCCUCCAAGGAAUGGUUCAGCUACCUGGAGAAGAACGACAAGCUGGCUCAAGAUAAUCUCUCGUACAUCGAGCACAUCUUUGAGAUUUCCCGGCGGCCGGACCUGCUGACCCGGGUGAUCGAGUACCGCACUACUGUGCUCAAGAUCUCGGAGGAUGACGAAAUUGACACCAAGCUCACACGCAUCCCAUCUGCCAAGAAAUACAAAGACAUCAUCCGCCAGCCCUCUGAAGAUGAGAUCAUCAAGCUGGCACCCCCCCCUAAAAAAGUUUGAGGUCCACACAUGCAGCCCCGAUCUUUGCGCUUGAAUUCUCCCCCAAUCACAUCUCAACCCCCCUCCAUAUCCCCAUCCCAGCACCCAACCACUCACCCUCAUCCAGCCAUUACUUCAUUCCCCCCCCCCCCCCUCCAAUUCGGGGACCACAGGCGAGACACAGGACCAUGCCUAGAGACACCCACGAGGCAACCAAUCCAAUCGUAGCGAUGCGGCUUUGUCUCAGGAUGGGGAGGGGUUGACAUUUGACAAGUUGGGGCAUCAUGUGAAGGAGGGGAGCGGGGGGUGAGGGUGAUAUUGUUUGAACACUGUCUAAAUUCAGAGGCUGCCCCCCCCUUCCCUGAGUAGCCUUCAGGUGAACCUCUGCAGCCCCUGAAUUCAGACAGGCACCCCUACCCAUCCCCUCCCCAGAAGGUGGCAGAGUCUGUCCCCGGUGAAUGAAGGCGAGAGGAUGUUUAUGCAUAUUUAAGACCAAAUAUUCACUUGGUUAGUUUCCUGCUCUCUUCUUAACCAGCUAACCCUUCAGUGCAGACCAGCCGAACAGAUCGGACCCCCAGUUUGACCCCCCCCACCCCCCACCCCCCCCCAAAAAAAAGAAUUCAGUCCAUGGAAACAUAGAAAGGAGCCUGACACAUUUAUUUCUUCUUUAAAUCAUUCCUCAAACAGGAGUUUUCCUCCGUUUUCCCAGCACUAAACCAUUCCUAUGUGCUCCCUUUAAUCUGAAAAGGCUAACCACAUAUUUAAAGAGCAAAAAGUAUUUUAGUCAAAUAUAUUUAACGUCGAUUUUCUUUUUUUUUUAUACAAAACGCCAAUAUUUGCCUUUAGCUGAUAGUAACUGUAGGAAUUCUUCAGAGGAGCUCUGUGGGCUUUCAGAGAUGUAAAUACAAAAUGAAAAAACAAUAAGAAUAUACUCUACAUAAUAUAAUUGGCUGCAGUUUAUGCACAAAUCACUUUGCAGAAACUAUACAUUUUAUCAAAAGUCUCUUGUAAUUUCUUCUCAGAUGAAUUUAUUACACUGAUAGAAGACACCAUGCAAUUAUACAAUUAUAAAAGCUAAUAUAAUAUAAAUGUUCCAGCAUUGAGGCUAUGAACAAAAGAACAAGUGAAAGAUUCUCUUUAUUUCCUUUCACUGAAAUGUCACGGUGUCUCUUAUCAGGGCUAUAAGUUUGUUUCAGUAGAAAUUAGACACUUCAGAUUUAUAGUUUCUGCAUUUCAUUAGAACCAGAAAAUGCUGCAGAAAUAAUCUGAGAGUAUUAUUUAUGUUUUAAGGUGUGUCUCCUGGUACAGAAUAACUGCUGUUCUUGUUUCUGGCUGCAGACGGCCUUUCUGACCCGCGCAGGGACACACGAAGGGUAACAACAUGCGUAAAAAUGUCUUAACUGUGAUGCGUCUCUUGACCCGCCUGUGCCAACACAUUAGCUAGGCUGUUGAUACGAAGAAGCACUCUGCAGAACACUGUGCACCUCCUUUCCUGCAGCCUGCUCCCCAAACCCUCCACGACUGUGAGUCGAUCACAGCUACCCUUGGCGUGUCCCAGAUGGUCUGAGGCUUUCUGUGGACUUCAGUGUACAGAAAAUCCUCCAGGCUGUAGGACUUAAAGCUUUGGUCAUUCUUUUCCCUUCCCACCACACUCCCUCCCCAGUGCCAACGACCAGGACUUUUACUAUGACUGGAGCUGUUGUGGUCCUUUCUGUCUUAUAUGCUGGCUUGUGUUGUAGUGCAAGACUUCCUUGACUCCUAUGCAUCUGCAGAGAAAGCUGCACCGUCACAAUCCCUACAAAAUGCUGACUCAUGGUUUGCUUGAUCCUAGCUUGUUUACACCAAAGCUAUGAGGAGCGCAGCGCUAUAAAACACACACAGCAAGAAGAAAAAGAAAAGAGAUUAUGGACAAGUAUGCGUGUCCAGAUUGAAGCCAGAUUAUUUUCUUCAUCUAAAAUUUGCCUCAGUGACGAACAGGAAAUGUUUCACUGAGAGAGGGACGGUUUUUAGAAAAUCCAAACCAAAUCUAAAGGUUUGUUGAAGAUUUGUUGCUCCUACAAGAUCAAACCAUUUUAACAAACUUUUUAACCCGAUAGAGGAAAGAAACAUGGACUUUUGUUAAAAGAGAUAGGUCUCCUGUUUGGUCUCUGUCUUCAAUCUAGUCUGAUGAGAUGAGACAAAUGUUCUGGCUGCAGUUCCUCAGUGACUCUGAGACAAACGUCCUUCUAACUGUUUUGCAGUCAUGUCACUUCUGAAAAAUGGAUUUGUACGUCAGAACGCCUGUGACCUGCACAUCUACCUAAAAGAUGAGACUGUUUUCUUCACCUGCGAGCCAGGCGCGAAAGAGUCCACCGAGUUGGGGGUGGGUGGGCAGACGUGUCUCAUGAACGGGACCCCAAGAGCGCCCUGUCCUCAGUGGGGCGCUGGCAGCCGCUCUGCAACAGCUCUGCAGCCGCUCUGCGUCAGCUCUGCAGCCGCUCUGCAACAGCUCUGCAGCCGCUCUGCAACAGCUCUGCAGCCGCUCUGCAACAGCUCUGCGACAGCUCUGCAGCCGCUCUGCGUCAGCUCUGCAGCCGCUCUGCGUCAGCUCUGCAGCCACUCUGCAACAGCUCUGCAGCCGCUCUGCAACAGCUGUGCAGCCGCUCUGCAACAGCUCUGCAGCCGCUCUGCGUCAGCUCUGCAGCCGCUCUGCAACAGCUCUGCAGCCGCUCUGCAACAGCUCUGCAGCCGCUCUGCAACAGCUCUGCAGCCGCUCUGCAACAGCUCUGCAGCCGCUCUGCAACAGAUCUGCAGCCGCUCUGCAACAGCUCUGCAGCCGCUCUGCAACAGCUCUGCAGCCGCUCUAACACUCCCCUGGAGAGCUUUGGCGUUGUAACAAACCCACUUUUUUGAUUUACAGACCUUUGCCUGAGUUUGUACAAAACAUCUGCAGGGGGGAAUUGGACCCUUAACCCUGUUUUCUGAUAGAAACGUGAGUUUAACUGUGACUUUUACUUUGUGUUUGCCAAACGCUGUGAACUGGAGCCGCUGUGUUGUAAAAGCAAAAAACUUCACAAGAAUAUUUUCCCAUUUCUGCCACACAGAAAUGAUGCAGAAACAUUUCAGAGAGACGUUCGAUAGACGUCCUUAACCCUUGUUUUACGUCAUCUAUUGGCUGAUUCUUUUUUGUUGUUGUUUAUUAUAUUGUGUGUAUCAUAUUUAUAUUUCAUGUUAUUGUUUAAUUAAAGUACUUUAUUUCAGUGUAUUGACGAAAUCUGAUCAGAAAUAAGGCAAAUAUUCUUGUUUAGUUUUGAAAUAAGAGCUGAAAACAUGCAGGCAGCUUCACUGCAUCUUCGUCAAACCAAGCUCCUUCUCCUCGCACAUGCUCCCCCCAAUCCCACAAGAAGCUCUCCUUCUGUAACCGGAGUCAUGUGUUGGUUGUACCUGAGCUUUGCUUUGCUGCCAAAGGCAGAAAAUACCACAUAUCAGACCCAAAUGAUGUCAAAUCCGGAUUUCUCAAAGUACAUAUCAACCGUGGAUGCAGAAAUAUUCCUGCACUCCUGGGAAAUGCAAAAAUACUGCUCCAAUUUUGGGGAAUGCAGAAACAAUUACAUAUUACAAGUGUUUCUGCAUUCCAAGGGAUGCAGAAAUGUUCACCCAGUUCUGCAAAGAUAUUGCAGCAUUUCCAAGGAAUAUAGAAAUAUUUGGCCAUUUCCAGUCAUUGCAGAAAUAUUGCAUAUUGCAGACGUUCUUCUGCACCAUUUUUUGCAAAAUGCAGGAAUAUUUUAGGAUUUCCAGAAAAUGCUGAAAUAUUGCCGCAUUUCGAAGCAAUUUAGGAAUAUUGCUGCAUUUCCGGGGAAUGCGGUUCUGGAGCCGUCACAUGCGACUAAAUGAAGUGCAGAGGAGAGAGUUGAAAGGAACUUAACUUAAAUGCAUUCCAAUAGUUUCCCCUAAAGAUUAAGACUGUUUCUGUUUCUUUGGUUGUAAAUAUGAAUUUUGGAUAUGUCACUGUGUUUGUUUUUAAAUGGAAUUAAUUUAUUUAAUACUUCUAUAUUGUUGUUUCUCCUGUCCUGACUUAGUUUUUGCUGAAGCAAGUUAAGGGUCGGUGUUUUUGCUUGGAGUGAUGAUGGUUUCUCCACAGCAGUGCUCUGCAGUAUUUCCUGACGUGUAACAUUUUCUGUUGAAGUGUGUUGUGUUUGAACCGCUCGCUGUUGUUCUCUCCGCUCCUUUUGUUCAGAGAGUUUCCAAAUCAUGACAAAAAAAAGCACCUGUUUAGCUGUUUUUCUCACAGCUGGGACACCCAGUAAGAACAUGCAUGGGUGGGGGUGGGGGGUGGGGGUAAUCAAGUUUUUCAUUUUAAAAUGAGAAUGAACUCUAGUUUAGUUGUCAGGUGGUUUGUUGUGAACUGAGAAGACUUUGUGUCGGUGGUGUGCUUGUGGGGCAGCACCCUUUCAGAGAUGGGAGACGAUUUCUGGUAACUUCAGAAACAAAGAGGCUCAGUGUGAGUCAAAAAAUUGUUUUUUUAAGUCUUUAAAUGUUGACUGCAAUCCCAAAAAGUUUGAAAACUUUACUGCAGAAUGUCUGAAUCUUGGGAGGAAUAAUACCGUCUAAUGUUCACUCACAUGAGACUCUUAACAUCACUGAAAGGAAAUGACUGUUUUUAGAAAAUAUGAUUCCUUUGUAAUAAUAAAUAUAUAUGUGACGCCUGUUGGUAAGCAAAUAAAAUCAAUCAGUAGAACACAAUUCGCUUAUUUAGAAUCUUUUCAGUGCUCCUAUUAUCGUAUUUUCCUCAUCAUAGGGCACACCGUAAACAAUUGACAUAUUUUAAACUUGUCUAUUCGCACGUAAUUUUCGAAACACUUGCAGCCACUUUUUCUUUUUUCUUGGCCUCACGGACCCAGAGGACGGGUUAAGGUUAGGAUUAUGGCUGUGGUUAGGGUUAAACCACCAAAUAGUUCCUGAAUACUGCUGUUUUUGCAGCUCACCGCUCCUCCAAGGGGUGGAUCAAAUGUGGAGAACACGUCACACACCUAGGUGCAUGAUGGGACUUUAAAUUUAACCUUGGCCGCACUUAAAAUAUGUGCGGGAAAUGCAGCAAUGUGCAUCUUGGCUGCAAGUAUUACGAGUGGCCAACGUGAAUUUCCAUCACUUUUUGUGCGGGUCGCACAUAAAUAAGUGCGAAUAACAUCAGACUUUUAACCUUUGUCAUAUAUAAGGUGCAUCGAACAAAAUGCGCAUCAAGUGAGUCAAGAGUUGGAGAUAAACCCAUCAGUCAGGUUUACUGCAUUUACAGUCAUUUUACAACUCGCCACACAUUAGCCACGUUAGCAUAUUCAGAAUAACCGACAACCACACGUUCUGACAGAGCACAGUGUACCUCUCAAAAUCGCUCACUUAAUCAGUUUUUUUUUUUUUUUAAUUGUUAUGGCUUUUAAGUGGGCCUUAUAAUGCAGAAAAUACGGUCAGUGGAGACAACAUUUUUAAAAAGAUCUCUGGUGUCUGCCAUUUGAAAGUUCUACAACUUCUUUUUGUUUUUGAAUCCUCGUUUUUGUUGUCAUGCUUGGAUUUGGUGGUUGGGCUUCUUGGCUCCAUGGAGGACAGAGGAGGUGUUUUCUAUGAGCAUGCUGCGGGGUGGAGGGCGGAGGUGAUGCUGGUUUGGAUGGAGUUGCUGAGGAAGAGGAGCAGAAUGUCGAAGCAGCGCUGAGAUGUUUGCCUGCAGGAUUCAGGGCUCUUACAGAACAGCUGUUGGAGCAUCUGGACUUUGGAAAUGCUGCUUUUCUAUUUGUCUUCAGUCAUUUCAGUUGCUGUGGAGAUGGGGCGAGGGGGGGGGGGUCCCUGCUGCGGCUGCUGCUGCUGCUGCUUUUGUAUGUUAUGGACGUCUGCAUCAGGCAGAGGGACAGACUGAAUGGAGCUGAUGGUUGAAGUUUUGUCUGUGUGGAUUAUUAGGGGUUUGUGUUUCAUUUUGAAAGGGAUUUGAUUUCAGUGCUGGGGGGGGGAGUCUAACUCUUAUCAAACUGGGGGUGGUGGGUCUAAUUUUUAGCAAACUGGGGGGGUCUAACUCUUAUCAAGGCUUUAUCCAUGCAGGCCGUUCAUUUUUUUUAGCAUUCCUGCAGAUAAUCUGAUUUUUUUUUGUGACUGUUUCCACAUCUGGACGGCCUUCAAAGAAAACUAUAAGGUUUAUGAAUUGGGGGGGGGGGGUCUCCUGAGUUGUCCCAGGUUUGCAUCAGUCUCCUCGGAAUUAUUCGUUUCUGCUCAUAACAUCCCUGUUGGAAUUUUUUGGCUCAGUGCUGUUAAACUUUCUUCAGCAGGAUUAACGUUUUUGCUUUUUGUCAUGAUUUAAGAGACUGAUCUGAAAUGAGGCCAUUAUGUCAUUGUGCUAAAAUGAAUAUAAAUAUGAUAUAUUAAAAUAUAUUUGCUAACCAA